CGGCUUAUUUUGUUUUAUACAGUCAUACUUAUUUUACAGAUAAUGUUUGAGAAAUUCAACACCCCAGCAUUUUACGUGAGUAUCCAGGCAGUACUUACAAUAUUUGCAUCAGGUAGGCAUGCUGGUGUCGUAAUAGAUUCUGGUGAUGGCGUCACUCAUAUUGUUCCUGUUGAAGGCAUUUAUCCUAUACCUAACGCCAUUUUAAGAACUGACGUUGCAGGGAGGGAUCUGACACACUACUUAGCCAAACUUCUACAAAAAGGCGGAUAUAGUUUCAACACUUCCGCCGAGAUGGAAAUUGUCCGAGAUAUUAAAGAAAAACUAGGAUAUGUCGCACUAGACUUCCAGAAGGAAUUGCAGACGACAGAAUGUACUUCCGCAAAUGAUAUGACGUAUGAACUUCCGGAUGGUCAGAAAAUUGUAAUUGGGAGUGAAAGAUUUCGUUGCGCUGAGGCGUUAUUCGAUCACACUCUAUUAGGCAAAGAACAGUUUGGUUUCAGUAACAUGGUACAUGAAUCUAUUAUGAAAUGUGACAUUGACCUUAGAAGACAUUAUUACGUCAAUAUUAUCCUCUCGGGAGGGUCCACUAUGUUCCCAGGAAUGAAAGAAAGAGUAGAACAAGAUCUGAAACGCUUGGUUCCUCUAAAAAAUAUAGUCAAGGUCGUAGCACCGCCUGGAAGAAAGUACUCUGUGUGGAUUGGAGGCUCAAUUAUAGCCUCGCUAUCAAUUUUUCAAGAUAUGUGGGUCAGUAAAACAGAAUAUGAGGAAAAUGGGCCGACAAUUGUACACCGGAAGUGUUUUUAUUAGGGUUUUUUUUCUUCUGGAAAAGACGUGAUGGCCAAUUUAAAUGGCAAAGUUCGUGAUGAUAUUAAUAUGUCAAAGAUGGUAUUGAAGUCGAGAGAACAAAAUACAAUGUAUAAAGAUUAAAAACUGAAUGAUAA